CAGCAAUGCAAAGGAGGCGUGAGAUCUGAAGCUGAACUGAUCAAUAAUUGAUUGCACUUUCCUCUUUGAGCCUCGGAACGCAGACAGAGGGUUACAGUCGUACUUGGGGGGCAGUGUGCAAGUUAUACUACGACCGCAAGCUGACUCUAGUCUCCGGUAUAUACCACGUCUCUCUGUCCGUCGAUAUUGGAUUCAGGCACCCUGUUUAGCCAUGCAAAGACCGGCCAUGAUCCUCCAGAGAGAGCUACUCCACCAUAAUCGCGGUGCUGCUUACAUGUACCCAAAUUAUCCACUCGAUUAUGAGAUCAAACUUGGCGAUAUUGGUUGGUUCGGAUGGGAUGGCCAGUUCAUCCGUCUAUUCAAUGUGAUGGUGGAUAGCAGCGAUCCUCGUAAUACAUAUGGCCUUCCAGAGGAUUACGAGUGGCUCGACAUUCCUACACAUCUCCGACAAAAUAUACCCCACGAUCUAUCCCCCGGACAAAUCUUAUGCAGUAGCAGUGCUGAAGUCGUAAAAUCCAAUGGCGAACCCGCUGCAGAUGAGUCUGAGCCUGUGGUGGGUAUCAUCCGAUUCCUGAAGGACAAAGGUGGCUUCGUCGUCCCUCAGUCAACAGGCUUCAGGGAAAUAACGUUGCCCGAGGCCAAUGACCUCAUGCACAACUACAUGAUCGCUCAUCGCGAGGGUUGGUUUCGUUUGGCAGUGAAAUGUCACCAUGUUCUCCACAGAGACGACUUUGUAAUGAUAACCGGAGUGGUGAAGACUCAACAGUGGGCAGUGGGCCUUAGUCGAAAAAAGGAUACACAAGUCACAGUGCUAGGCACAGCUUGCGACGACCCUACAGAGCUGUUGAUAGUCCGGCCCACAGAGCCGUCGUGUAUUGUUCGUGUUGGUCCUCGGAUAGGCUUCUACCGGUUCCCAACCUUAAAUUCAAUUAUGGCCAACACAGUGGCCGACCAGGCCCUGUUUUUGAACUUUCUCAAAGCUCGCUCUCGAGCUUUUAUGCCUGAUAAAGUUGAGGCUACCGCAGGUCCUCACACGCUACCAGAUGGACCGGACGACGGUGAUCUAGGGCACUCUGAGGCAAGAUCAGAUCCUAGCUCCUGCAUAGACCCAGCCUUGGAAUACAUUUUAGAGUCGUCUGACUGCGAUGUUGCAAUCACAAGUGAUAUGGAAGUCUAUCGCUUACUACACGGUGAACCGUGGCCGGAUGAUCUAUUGUCUUUUCUCCGUCUGCUUGCACCCCGGAUCGAAGUGAAAGUCACCGAUUCCGGAACUCGAUACGGGCGAUUCCCUCUCGAUACCGAAGUGACUACGUCCCAUCCCGCGGAAGGAGACCAAUGUAGUGUGGAAGCAUCGACUGCCCCAGAACUUCCUGUAGCACACGACUUCUUCUCGUUAAACCUGACUUGUCGUCCUAAAUCGUCUCAGCAUUCUCUAUCAUCGACUCAGUUUUCCUCUCGCGAAAUAGUUGCAUUCUAGGUUUUGGAAUAAUCUUUUCGAGGACAAUUGGAUCGGUAGGAUAUUUAUUGACUCGUUCGUUGUAAAUAAUUAUUGGCUUGCCACGCCCUGCGAUCUGCGCAGGUAGACUCAAGUCCGCCAGGAGAAAUAUACAGUAAGCGGGAAGAGAUGAACGGGGUCGAGUUUCAUCGCUUCCCGUCCGUGAACUA